AACAAUAACAAACGGUUAAGUGAUGCUGAAGUAAAAAAAACCUCUCAAAAUCAGCUUAAAAUGACAAAUUUACCGUGUCGUGUUUGCCUCAAUGUACCUCCAGAUCAGCAAUUCAUCAACUUGUUCUCUCAGGAAUCCCAAAAUCAGCAAAUGACUUGGUUGGAAAUGUUUACUCUCGUAACUGAAAUAGCAAUGCAAGACGGCGACAACAGCAUUUUGUGCCAUAAUUGCCAAAAACGUCUGCAGGAGGCUUUCCAAUUCAAAGUUGAUGCCCAAAAUGCAAUCGCUCUUUUGGAAACGAUUAUGCCUGUUGUUGAAGAUAAGAACGAAAAUGUGCCUUUACCACAUAAAGAACCACAAGAAACUGAAGUAAAUCGGAAAUCUCGACUUACAAACGAAUAUGGAACGUUAAAUCGCUUCCACUGUCGCUUUUGCUUGCAGUACAUCAAAGGAAGACUUCGGGACCACGAAGAAAUUCACAUUUCUGAGAACGGCGGAUUGGAAUGUUACUAUUGUGGGAAGAAAUUUCGUACGCGAAAACUCGUUCUGGAGCAUUUGCAAGGCGUCCAUUUAACUGACAAGUCAGAUCCGAAUCGCAUCCGUUACGCUUGUGACAUUUGCGGGAAAUCCUAUUCGGAAAAAGGCUCCCUACGCAAUCACAAGAGAGACAAACAUUCGGAAAAUCCGAAAAUUGUGCCGAAAAAGAUUUGUCCUUAUUGUGGUGAGCCGAAGAAAGACAUGUUGAAACACAUUGAGCUGGUACAUUCGAACAAGGAGAUUACGUACGCAUGUGAUUCCUGUCAAAAAACUUAUCGCAGUAAGGAAUCUCUGAGAAAUCAUCAAAGACUGACACACGAAGGCGCGGAAUACAAGUAUCAAUGUCCGGAAUGUUCAAAAUGCUAUAAAACGAAUGGAGAGUUGAAAAGUCAUAUGAAUGGCGUUCAUGGCGAAGACCAACAACUUCCAUGCGAAACAUGUGGAAAAAUCCUGAAAUCUCAAACCACGCUUCGUUUUCACAUGAAAAUGCAUCGUGCGACGUUAGAUUUUCGUUGUCCGCAGUGCAAUUUGGGCUUCAAGACGAACGCAUACUUGCUAAAACACAUGAAAGUCCAUUCGGAUGCCAAGGACUACGUUUGUAAAUAUUGUCAGAUGGCCUUUAAACACAGCGGAAUGUUGUCAAAGCACGUGAAAAUGCACACCGGUGAGUUCCUUUAUUGUGAUUUAUGUCCAUCGGAGAGCUUCAUCGACGGAUAUGCCUUGCGAUUGCAUAAGGAGAAAGUGCAUUUAGGCAUAACAUAUCGGUGUGAUACGUGCUCGAAGGAAUAUGGUACGCGGAAACACUUGAAACAGCAUCAAAAUGCACAAGGACAUGAUUUGACAAGGUGGACCAGAAUUGUGCCUGAAAAUGUUGUGGAAUGCAAAUAAAUAUCGGUAUUAAAUAAAUAAAAAUUUUAACAAUUUAUUUUUA